CCUUUCUCUUUCUUUCUUUCUUUCCACCCUUGGUGUGCGCUGCUUUUUCUCUCUCUCUCUCUCUCUCUUCUUUCUCUCUAUCUCUUUUAGAUUUGUUGUGAGGAGUAAAAUCUAGAUGGUGUCAGCUUCUGGUUUUAGCUGGGAGUCGGAGAGAGAGAGAUGGGGUUUGUGAAGCACAAGUUUUGAGAUAAUCUGAUCUGAAAAAACUUUCAAUCUUUAAAUGAAUCCAAUUUUACUGUAAUCUGCUGCUCUGUGGAGGGAAAUAUAUAGAACACCACUGCCCAAUUAAAGAACGAAAUGUGAGGAGUGGGUUUUAGCAAAGCGGAGACAACCUACUAGUGUUUUCACUACUGCUACUGCUACUUGUUUUACACUUCUCAAGCAAGGACACAAGCUGCUACUUCAAAACUCCUUACCAAGCAAUGGGGUCUGAGCAGAAUAGGUUCCCUCAGCAAGAACGGCGAAAGAGAUGGGGAGGAUGCUGGGGGGCAUUUUCUUGUUUCAGCUCGCAGAAAGGUGGAAAGCGUAUUGUGCCUGCAUCUCGAAUUCCCGAGGGCAAUGCAACAGUGGCACAGCCAAAUGGACCUCAAGUUGGUGGGCUGACCAACCAAGCUACAACACUAGCUCCAUCGCUUCUAGCUCCACCUUCUUCCCCAGCAUCAUUUACGAAUUCAGCUCUUCCUUCGACUGCUCAGUCACCUAGCUGCUUCUUGUCAUUAUCUGCCAAUUCACCUGGCGGUCCUUCUUCCACAAUGUUUGCCACUGGGCCAUAUGCUCAUGAAACUCAGCUAGUUUCUCCUCCUGUUUUCUCAACCUUUACAACUGAGCCAUCUACUGCACCUCUUACUCCCCCACCAGAAUUAGCUCACUUAACUACCCCCUCUUCCCCCGAUGUGCCUUUUGCUCACUUUCUCUCAUCUUCUGUUGAUCUGAAAAGUACUGAAAAGGCCAAUUACAUUGCUGCUAAUGAUCUUCAGGCAACCUAUUCACUUUAUCCUGGAAGUCCUGCCAGCAGUCUUAUUUCACCGAUUUCUAGGACAUCAGGUGACUGUUUAUCCUCAUCCUUUCCUGGACGAGAGUUCCCGCCACAUUGGGAUCCUACAGUAUCUCCCCAAAAUGGAAAAUAUUCAAGGAGCAAUUCUGGCAGGCUUUUUGUGCAUGACACAACUGGUGGCUCAAUGGUAUCUCAAGAUACAAAUUUCUUCUGUCCUGCUACAUUUGCACGAUUCUAUCUGGAUCAUAAUCCACCAUUUCCUCAUAAUGGUGGGAGGUUAAGUGUUUCCAAGGAUUCAGAUGCUUAUCCUGCUGGUGGAAAUGGCCAUCAGAAUAGGUCUAGUAGAAGUCCCAAGCAAGAUGCAGAAGAAUUAGAAGCUUACAGAGCAUCCUUUGGGUUCAGUGCUGAUGAAAUUAUUACUACUCAACAAUAUGUGGAGAUUUCGGAUGUAAUGGACGACUCAUUUACCAUGACCCCUUUUGCUUCAAAUAAAUCAACUGUGGAAGAAACUGUUGAAGCUGCAUCAAUAAGUGAAAGCGAAAAGGCCCAGAGAAUACAGCCAAACUUGCCAAGCAUUAAAUUGAAACUAGAUCUUGCAUGUGGUGAAGUGCCAGUCUCAUGCGAUAGAUAUGAAGAUCCUAAAUCAAGAAGGCAAGCUGGAGAUGUCUCUGGUUCAAGUACACCUGGUAUUCAUGUUUUGGCAGAUGAUAGUGACAUAUUCCCAAAGAUGACAUCAUCCAGAAUCAGCAGGAAAUAUCAUCUGGGAUCAUCGUGCUCAGAUGCAGAAAUAGACUACAGGAGAGGAAGAAGCUUAAGAGAAGGCAAAGGAGAUUUUGCGUGGCACUGACCAAAAUCUGAAGAAAAAAGAGGUGCUGGGUUGUUUCCAAUGUAUUAAAGUUGCAGGUUUCUGUGAUAUUCAUUUGUUAUGGAGUUAUCUGUCGAUAGGUGGAUGAUCUAACAUAUGAUCUAACCUAUUUGUCCUCCUGUCUUUACUCCGUUGCUGCUGUUUCAGGUGUGGCCUGAUCUUAUCCCAUUGACGAGUGUAUUAAAUCUCUUUGUUCCUAACUUCUCACGUUUCUAUAAGUUAUAUAUAAUAUAUAUAUUAUUUA